AUGGCAGCCGAUGGAUUCAACGGCGGCAGCACCCCCGUCAAGACGCCGAUGGCUAGCAAGUAUAGUUCUUCUUCCGCCACCAGGAAACCGCAGCAGACUGUGCCGGUGGACUCCUCCGCCUCCGCCGCCGUCGCAGCUCCUCAUAUCGCCUCUUCGUCAUCGGCAGCGGCUGUCAAAUCGCGGUUCGAGGCUUACAAUCGGCUGCAGGCGGCGGCGGUGGCCUUCGGGGAGAAGCUGCCGAUUCCGGAGAUAGUGGCUCUCGGAGGGCAGUCCGAUGGGAAGAGCUCCCUCCUGGAGGCCCUCCUCGGCUUUCGAUUCAACGUCCGUGAGGUCGAGAUGGGCACUCGUAGGCCUCUUGUCCUGCAGAUGGUACACGACGCUUCGGCUCUCGAACCACGAUGUCGAUUCCAGGUAUGUAAUGCACCCCUGCAAACACCUCCUGGCUCCAAAGUAACACAUUUUUCUUCCUCGUUUGUUUGUGUUUCGUUAUUGCAUUAGGCUUCCAGUUUUGCUAAAUUGAGCUCAUAGAUUAUGUAAUGAUGAUAAAUUUUACGUUUUAGUGUUUACUUAUGCUUCCCAUGUUGACAGCGUCACGAAUUCCGUUUUAUUUCCCUCUUACUUUCUCCUUCCUCCAUCUCUUCCAGACGCUGCGCUCCUCUUCCUGGAUUUUUUGGCUAGAGUUUAGCUCACAGUUAUUCUCCAUCUUGAUGAUGAGGACUUGUACUCUGCUGCUUGUCCAGUGUUACGACCCGUCUGAUCUAGAUUCUCCGUUCUCUUUCACUUCCAUCACUUUACUUACUUGUUAGUUGUCUAUUCUCUGGCCCUUUUUUUUAAUCUUAAUCUAUCUUACUUCUGUAUCCCAGAAUAAAUGCGAGUGGUUUUGGCUUAUGGAGAUCUUACUUCGUCACUGUGACUGCAGGAGGAGGAUUCAGAAGAAUAUGGAGGUCCCAUGGUUUUGGCUUCUGCUAUUGCGGAUCUCAUAAAAUCUCGUACGGAGGCACAUUUAAAAAAGAUCCAAGCUUCUGUUUCCAAGAAACCAAUUGUAAUGAGGGUAGAAUAUGCCCACUGCCCGAACCUCACUAUCAUUGACACGCCUGGAUUUGUUCUUAAGGUCAGCCAUUUUCUUGGGAAUGUGGAAUAAAUUAUCAGUGACCUCUCCUUUUCUGCCUAAAAUUUGACCGUGCUUUGUGCAGGCUAAGAAGGGCGAACCGGAGAACACCCCUGAUGAUAUACUGUCAAUGGUUAAAUCAUUGGCUUCCCCUCCUCAUCGAAUUCUGUUGUUCCUUCAGCAAAGCAGUGUGGAAUGGUGUUCUUCGUUAUGGUUGGAUGCUAUUCGAGAAAUUGAUCCUACGUUCAGACGCACAAUUAUCGUUGUCUCCAAGUUUGACAACCGGCUGAAGGUAACCACUGCAUGGCUCAGUACAUGUUGCGGCUGUUAGCCGAUCAUCUGUCUGAAGGUCGUUGUGCGGAUGUGGAUGCUUACAACUCCCAUUAAAAUGUGAAUAUUUCAAACAAGUUAAUUUGGCCCAUCUCAUGCUUGUUCCAAAAUUCACUCAUGCUCAUUGUAGUUUUUUGCUUAAUUUUAUAUCCAACAUCACUGCCUGAGGAUUGGAAUAAGGCCAACUGAGUCGGGGUGUCUGGCUUCAAGCUAGUCUCCUGAAUGUUUUUGUUUUAAAUGUUUUCCCCUGAUUCUCCUAGUUAAGAGGCCGUUAUUUAUUUUCUUUACUUUUUCCCCAAAUUGACUCCAUUUAAGGAAUGCCACAACACAUUGUUGGAUGAUUGUUUUUCAGGAGUUCACUGACAAAUGGGAAGUGGACCGAUACUUGAGUGCUAGCGGUUAUCUUGGAGAGAACACGCAUCCCUUUUUCGUAGCCUUACCAAAGGAUCGGGGUACUAUAACAAACGAGGAAUUCCGCAGGCAAAUUUCGAUGGUUGACAUGGACGUUCUUCGCCAACUGCGUGACAACAUCAAAGGGGGUUUCGAUGAAGAGAAGUAUGGGCCUUUCAUAGGCUUUACUCAUCUCAAAGAGUAUCUGGAAGCUGAGCUUCAGAAAAGGUACAAAGAAGCAGCUCCAGUCACACUUGCUCUGCUUGAGCAGCGGUGUGGUGAAGUCAACAGCGAGUUGUCUCGUAUAGAAUCUAAGUUACGGGACAUAUCUGACAUUGCGUGCCUUCGGAAAUCAGCUAUGUUACAUGUGGCUUCCAUUUGUAGUCACGUGGUAUGAUUUGCCUCUUGGUUCUUUGUAGAAAUGGAUUUUGUUGCAGGAUCCAAUAAUUUUCUUUCAUUCUGUAAAGGGAGCAUUGAUCGAGGGGGCUGCCGAUCCGGCUCCAGAGCAAUGGGGUAAGACAACUAACGAGGAGCAGACUGAGAGUGGCAUCGGGAGUUGGCCUGGGUUGACUGUGGCGAUAAAAACCCCAAAUUCUUCUCUAAAGCUAUACGGUGGAGCAGCAUUUGAGCGAGUUAUGCAUGAAUUCCGCUGUGCUGCUUAUUCAAUCGAAUGCCCACAAAUCUCAAGAGAGAAGGUAAACAAAACUUCUCUGCGCUGAAUGCUUCAUCCACUCUGAUGGUGUGUGCUCCUCCUGCUUGUUGCUUUGAUAUUGACUUGAACUGUUCAUCCCUUCCAGGUUGCAAAUAUACUUCUUGCCCAUGCUGGCCGAAGUGGCAGUGGGGGGAUCUCCGAGGCUGCUGCAGAGAUAGCACGUGCAGCUGCCCGAGCAUGGAUUGCUCCUCUUCUGGACACUGCCUGUGAGCGCCUUGCUUUUGUGCUAAGGAACCUCUUCGACAUCGCCAUCGAGUGCACUCGCAGCAAUGAGUCCUCAGAAUGUAAGUGGAGCUGCUAUCCAUAACGCACAAUGAUCACACAUAACGCGGCACAUUGCUUGUACAAAAUGCCAUCCAUGUCUGGAAGAUAUUACUAUCAGCCCGUUGACUUUCACAUAUCUUUUUUGCCCAAAAAUAGAAAAAUCUCAUAUCUUUUCUCCAGGGCAGAUGGGAAAAGGAAAGGGGAUAUGGACGGGCACAUUGGGUUCCAUGCAGCUGUGCGGCGCUCCUACAACACCUUCAUCAGAGAUCUCUCUAAGCAGUGCAAGCAGCUGGUCCGCCACCACCUCGAUUCGGUCACCAGCGCCUACUCUCGCCUCUGUUACGAGUCUGAGAUCCUCGGGGUCUUCAGCUCUGGGGCGAGCUCCGUUCCCAGACUCCACCAUAUGCCGGCAUCUUCAGUCAUGCUUGAUCUCUCAGAAGGAUUACCACCACAAGAGGAGUCUCACGGUGCAUCACAGGAGAACGUGCACCCCAACAGUCACCAGCAGAGCACGCCAGCUAAGAGGAGCGAAGCCCGUGGAGCUCUUCGCGAGAGCCAGUUGACCGUUCCGGAGACGCCCUCCCCAGAGCAAGCCAGUGACCCAUCAUGUGGAGUAAAGAAGGAGUCGGGAAAUUUGGUGGAAAAUGGGGGAAGGAAGAGGCAAGCCAGGGUGGUCGGUGGCGGAAGAAAUCACCAUGGCGGCCUGCUGUUCGGUGCCGAGGUCGGCUCCAGGACGGGCUCUGCCUAUUCGGAGAUCUGCCACUUGGCAGUGCAGCAUUUCAGCUGCAUCCGGGAAGUCCUCAUCGAGAGAAACGUGCCAUCAACCUUGAACUCUGGUCUACUGACGCCUUGGUAUGUUCUCUCCGAUUCUCCCUGGAAAAAGUCAACUCCUUUUAACAGUAAUCAGAAGAGAAAGAUUGCUAAUGUAAUCUGACCCAAUUAUUAAUUCGCUGUCAUUGUUGUCAUUUUUUAAAAUUAAUCCCAUCUGGUGAUAUUCUGUUUUCUAUUUUCUGAGUUGAGUCGUUUUUUUUUUUGCAGUCGAGAUCGAUUGAUUGCGGCUCUCGGGGUUGACCUCUUUGCAGUGGACGACAAGAAGUUUAUGGACAUGUUCAUGAUGCCCGGUGUAGUUGACUUUCUGCAGAACGAGCACCAGAACCUCCUUAAGCGCCAGAAGAUGCUCCAAUCCUGUUUGAACGAAUUCAGGAACAUUGCUCGCAUCCUGUGA